UCAUUUAAUUGUGUUCAGGUGGGCUCACUCGGAGGCGAUUGCGUGGAGGACACAAACAGUUUUCGAGCGUGCCGUGCGUGGUCAUAUCUCGCUGCUGUAACAAUGUUCCAUUGCAGAACUUAACCUAAACAACGUCCUUGAGAAGCCUCUGAGAUGUUAUCAAAAAGUCCUGGAAUUUCUGGUGUGUUGCCCACCUCACCAGCGGCGGUCCUCCUGCCCAGGAAGCAGCGUUGGACUUUCCAAAGGUCAAAGCGACCAUUUUGUUCCAAAUAUCACGUUUGGUCAUCCCAUGGUGGAAUGCCUGAGGAAGUCAGUCGGCCCGGACCCUUUCUUUGACAUGCACAUGAUGGUGUCCCGGCCUGAGCAGUGGGUAAAGCCCAUGGCUGCAGCCGGAGCCAACCAGUACACGUUCCACCUGGAGGCCACCAGCAACCCUGGAAGCCUCAUCAAGGAGAUCCAACAGAGUGGUAUGAAGGUGGGUUUGGCAAUAAAGCCUGGGACUACAGUGGAAAUGCUUGCACCUUGGGCCAGCCAGGUCGACAUGGCUCUGGUCAUGACUGUUGAACCUGGCUUUGGAGGGCAGAAGUUCAUGGAGGACAUGAUGUCCAAGGUGACGUGGCUCAGGGGUCAGUUUCCCUCAUUGGACAUUGAAGUAGACGGUGGCGUGGGCCCGGACACCAUUUACAAGUGUGCAGAGGCUGGUGCUAACAUGAUCGUGUCAGGCAGUGCCGUGAUAGGCAGCGAUGACCCUCGCUCUGUCAUUGCCCUUUUGCGCACUGCGGUGGCCGAAGCCAUACAGAAGCGCACGCUGGACCGCUGAUGUCUUUAUGUCUGUUUGUGAAAUUAGGCAUGGUGAUGCUCCACUUGUCCAUUCUCUGCAGCUCUUGGUGGGAGUGACUCAAUAGGUAGGAUGUCUCUAUGCUGGAUGUAGAAGGUGAGGCUGGACACAGCAGGUAUGAUGUGGGGCUUCUUUGGAGGCAGGGCUAAUGAAUGACGCUGGACUGUAAACAUUCCUGAACAUAAUUUUUACCAACCUGGAAAUUAUAUGUCAAGCUUAAUAUUUUUCUAUCAACUGUAUAUACACCCAUGGAAAUUGGUUUUGUUAAUUAAACAGCCUUCAAUCAUC